GACGGCAGCUCCUUUAGUGGCAGAGUCUUCCGAAUGACCUUUUUGGUGUUGGCUGCAUCCCUCAUCCUGCCCCUGCUCGGAGCCAUGAAGCUGCUGGAGUCCCCCAUCGACCCUCAGCCUCUCAGCUUCAAAGAACCUCCUUUGCUGCUUGGUGUCCUGCAGCCAAAUACGAAGUUGCGGCAGGCGGAAAGGCUAUUUGAGAAUCAGCUCACCGGGCCAGAGUCCAUAGUAAAUAUCGGGGAUGUGAUGUUCACUGGUACAGCUGACGGCCGAGUCCUGAAACUUGAAAAUGGUGAAGUAGAGACCAUUGCCCGGUUUGGCUCAGGCCCAUGCAAGACCCGCGAGGACGAGCCUGCCUGUGGGAGGCCCCUGGGCAUCCGUGUGGGACCCAAUGGCACUCUCUUUGUGGCCGACGCAUACAAGGGGCUGUUUGAAGUCAAUCCCCGGAAACGGGAAGUGAAGUUGCUGCUGUCCUCUGAGACGCCCAUUGAGGGAAGGAAGAUGUCCUUUGUGAAUGAUCUUGCUAUUACUCGGGAUGGGCGAAAGAUUUACUUCACUGAUUCCAGCAGCAAGUGGCAGAGAAGAGAUUACCUGUUCCUGGUUAUGGAAGGCACUGAUGAUGGGCGCCUGUUGGAGUACGACACUGAGACCCAGGAGGUGCGGGUGCUCCUGGACCAGCUGCGGUUUCCCAAUGGAGUGCAGCUGUCUCCUGAGGAGGACUUUGUCCUGGUGGCGGAAACGACCAUGGCAAGAAUACGCAGGGUCUAUGUGUCAGGCCUGAUGAAGGGUGGGGCCGAUGUGUUCGUGGAGAAUUUGCCUGGAUUCCCUGACAACAUCCGGCCCAGCAGUUCUGGGGGCUACUGGGUUGCCAUGUCCGUCAUCCGCCAAAACCCUGGCUUCUCCAUGCUGGAUUUCCUAUCAGAGAAGCCCUGGAUCAAAAGGUUGAUUUUCAAGCUGCUCAGUCAGGAGACAGUAGUAAAGUUCGUGCCACGGUACAGCCUGGUUCUGGAGCUCAGCGACAGUGGCACCUUCCUGAGGAGCUUGCAUGAUCCUGAUGGGCUGGUGGCCACCUACAUCAGCGAGGUACACGAGCACGACGGGCACCUGUACCUGGGCUCCUUCCGGUCGCCUUUCCUCUGCAGGCUCAACCUGCAGUCGGUCUAGGCCCCAGCACGCCAGGAAGCCGGAGCAGCCAUGGGUGCAGCUGUCUCAGCAUCUGUGGGUCCUUGGAGGCAUGGAUGGAAUGGUGACUGCAGCCCGAGGGAACCCCUCUCCUGGGAGUGACUUCAUCUUUAGAGGGAAGAUCAAUUCAUAGAAAGCCAUAUCUCUUAAAAGAAAAAUAAUGUCUGUAGGCACUGUCUUUCUCUAGAAUGUGGGAAACUUGCACUGUCCAUGGAGCUUAGGGCCUGUGGCCAGAACCACUGAUGAGCUGCUGGGACCUCACUGCUGCUCUUGGUCUGUCCUGAGGCUUCGAUAUCCCUCUCUAAGUGGCAGCAUGUGCUUCCAUGUGGCGUAGAAGGGCCAGGGAGCACAGUUUGAGUAUGGAGGAUGUGGGGGAGCCCAUGGUUUUGUGGGACAUAGCCCUGUGUGGGGUCCUUCCAGCCUCAUCUGCCUGGGCUCUGCACACCAGAUCUGAGCAGGCGGGAGGGAAAGAAAGGCCUGUGGUGGUAGCCUGUAUGGGUUUUUUCUGUGAAUACUGAGCCCAGGAGCCCACCCGGGAAUGUGCUGUCUUUACCUUUGUUCUGCUUCCCAUGUGGGCAGUGCACAUGUGAUGUCCUAUGUUCUGCUAGUGUCAUAUGUCUAACUGCUGUACACCUUGACAGGUCGACACACUGGUCUUAAUUUUGAUAAUAAAUAGUUUUAAACUCA